GACUUCGACCGGGAAGGGGAGGAUGGGAGGUGACUUAUGGUUCCGUCUGCAGUCCGCGAUCACCUGCUCGGGCCAGGCCCAGUGUGAGGCCUUGCAGGCACGAGAGUGACGUGGAGGCUCUCCUCAACCCAAGACUGACCGCGGGAUUGUGAGCCCGUCCUAACUUCUCCAACCACCUGACAACCCUCGGACUCCCAGGUGCGGAGGAGACCUGGUCAUCACUGCUAGCACUCUGAUGCCUACAUCUUUUCCUCUCCACUGGACUUGUUACCCUACUCUGGUUUUCCUGCCUCCCUCUUCAUCGAUGAGACACAAGGCUGAACCAGAGCCCCCAGGGAAAAGACCUGCUAUCAAGGAAGACCACACAGGACCAGGACCUUCUCAUGGAUACUUCUCAGGACAUUCCAACAGCACAAGCAAGGGUAUUCCCCUAAGACACAAGGGGCCUGUGAACACUAUCCUUUGGAGUGCCAUGGUGGUCAAGAGAAGCAGAAGUAACUCCCAGCAGUUGCCUGGCCUGGGAGGACAGGGUGGUUGUACAGGUCUCCUAGGUAUGCUCGGAGCUGCCCUACUGGUCAUCAGCCUGCCAUGGGGGGCCCAAGUGAUGGCCAGUGCCAACCUCAGUACUGCUCUGGGCCACACCAUGCCACUAACAAGUGGUCACUAUCUGAGCAUUGGAGAUGGCUCAGUGACAGAGUUUGAGUUCCCUGAAAAGAGUGAGGGUAUCAUUGUGAUCUCUAGCCAGUACUCAGGACAGGCCAAUGGGACAGGCCCUAGUCCCACACUGAGGGUUAUAUCCCUGGACACAGAGGUACUGACCAUCAAGAAUGUGAGUGCCAUAACCUGGGGCAGUGGGGGUGGCUUUGUGGUGAACAUCCACUCAGGUCUGGCUGGGCUGGCUCCACUCCACCUCCAGCUCAUGGACCUCCAUGAGGCCCCACCCUUGUUGAUUGAAGAACGAAGGGAUUUCUGCAUCAAAGUGUCACCUGCUGAAGACAUCCCUUCUACCCUCAAUCCCAACUUGAGCCACUUCUCAGAGAACCCAAUCCUCUACCUGCUCCUGCCUCUUAUCUUUGUCAAUAAGUGUUCAUUUGGGUGCAAAGUGGAACUUGAAGUUUUGAAGGAGCUCCUACAGAGCCCCCAACCCAUGCUGUUGGGCCUCUUGGGCCAAUUUCUGGUCAUGCCCUUCUAUGCUUUCCUGAUGGCCAAAGUCUUCAUGCUACCCAAGGCCUUGGCUCUGGGCCUCAUCAUUACCUGCUCAUCACCUGGCGGUGGGGGGAGCUACCUCUUCAGUCUCCUCCUUGGAGGAGAUGUCACCCUGGCCAUCUCUAUGACUUUCAUCUCAACAGUAGCUGCCACAGGUUUCUUGCCACUUUCAUCAGCCAUCUACAGCCACCUUCUCAGCAUCCAUGAAACACUCCACGUGCCCAUCUCCAAGAUACUGGGGACUUUGCUGUUCAUUGCCAUCCCCAUAGCAGCAGGUGUGGUGAUCAAGUCUAAGCUUCCCAAGUUCUCAGAGCUGCUGCUACAGAUCAUCAAGCCCUUCAGCUUUGUACUUCUCCUUGGUGGCCUAUUCCUAGCCUACCACAUGGGGGUCUUCAUUUUAGUGGGAGUCAAGUUACCCAUCAUAUUGGUGGGCUUCACAGUGCCCCUGGUUGGCCUUUUGGUAGGCUAUAGCCUGGCCAUGUGCCUGAAGCUGCCAGUGGCCCAGAGGCGGACAGUCAGCAUUGAGGUAGGGGUGCAAAACAGCCUGCUAGCCUUAGCCAUGCUGCAGCUGUCUCUGCGCCGCCUUCAAGCAGACUAUGCCUCUCAGGCCCCCUUCAUUGUGGCACUGAGUGGUACCUCUGAGAUGCUGGCUUUGGUUAUUGGCCAGUUCAUCUACAGCAGCUUGUUUCCUGUUCCCUGAGGACUCUGGAUCAAGUUUUAUAACCCCAGCCCCCAUACUCCAUCCACUGUCCCCACAGUUCUUAUGUACCAAAGGCCUUUAGUUCUCAUUCACUAUGCACUCAAACAAAUCCAGGCUUUUUUUUAACUCUUUUUUCCCCAGCUUUCAGUGCCAAAGAGGCCACGCUGAGUUAUAAAUAUAUUUCAAUAAAAGACAAAAGCAA